AUGGUGAGGGGAAAGGUGCAUCUGAAAAAGAUAGAAAACCCUGUAAAUCGUCGGGUUACAUUCUCAAAACGCAAGAGGGGAAUGUUGAAGAAGGCGGAGGAGCUUUCUGUUCUCUGUGAGGCCGAAGUUGGGCUUAUGAUUUUCUCGCCCACGGGGAGGCUCUUCGAAUUCGCAAGUCCCAGGGAAGCUAUUAAAGUUGUUACAGGUUUACUCUCUACUGGCACAAGGCCUGAGAAGAAGAAGAAAAUUCCAAACAAAGGCGUUAUGGAUUUAAUCGGUGCUACAUCUGAUAACAGAUCAUUCAGGAUUAAGGAGGCAAUUUCUGGCAUGGGUUCAGAAAGAGACAAGAAGAGAGAUGAAAUAUGGAUGGAGGCUGUCCCACCUAGGACUAUUUGGGUAACAUAA